AUGCUAAUUUUAGGAAAACCAGUCUCAAGAAGUUUGAUUGCAGUUAUUUUUUUACCAUCAACAUCUCCUUCAAAUAGACGUCGUUCAAUUCAUCCUUAUUAUGAUAAUGCUAUUGAAAAAUACUUUAAUCAACCCUGUGAACUAAUAUUUCAAUACAUUACAUAUCCAAUAUAUCAUCGUAAAUUUAAAUCAACUUCAACUAUACCUAUCUCAGAUGCUGAAGAUUAUUUUUAUCAACAACUUUUAUUACAAAUACCUAUUUGGAAUGAUGAAUAA